AUGUCUUCUAACUGGUUUAAGGUUGAGGCUAAGUCUGAACCUGACAUUGAAGACAAAGAAACACAUCUGACUGGGAAAAAUUUACUUCAAAAGCUUUUAAACCAGCUUGUGACUAAUAUUUCCUUGCCUGUACUGGUGGAUACAAAGGCUGUGCUCUCUUGCCCUCCUAUCCUGUUGACAAAUGUGCUUUUAACAACAUGGGAAAUAACCCUCGGAGACAAGCCUCUCUGCAUCAGAACCCACAGGAGAGAUAAAGAUGAGACCACAGAAACAAACUGCACUGACAAGAGAAUGACCUGGCCCGACAGACCUGACCAGAUUCCUGCCCUUCAGAUUGACCCAGUGGCCAUCACUCAUGAAGGGUAUUACAGGUGUAUAGUGGUAACACCUGAUGGGAAUUUCCAGUAUAACUAUCACCUCAGAGUUUUAGUGGCCCCUGAGGUGACUCUGUUUCCAAGUGAGAAUAGAACUGCGGUGUGCAAGGCAGCUGCAGGGAGGCCGGCUGCCCGGAUCUCCUGGACCCCAGAGGGAGAUUGUGUCUCUGAGCACAAAGAUUGGGGCAAUGGCACAGUGACUGUCCAGAGUACAUGCCUCUGGGCGGAUGGCAAUGUGUCUAUUGUGUCCUGCUCUGUCUCCCAUGAGACUGGCAACUGGAGUCGGUCCAUAGAGCUGAAUCAAGGUGCCAAAACAUCAAACACCCUAGUUAUUCUAUGUAGCACCCUUCCUAUUAUUAUCUUGGUCAUCGUGGGAUUCAUUUGGCUUUUGAAAAUCAUUGCCUGCAGAAUAUAUAAAUUGAAAAAAACAGAACCUACUCCAGGUGUUGAGGAGGAUGAAAUGCAGCCCUAUGCCAGCUAUACAGAGAAGAGCAAUCCACUCUAUGAUACUACAAACAGGGUGAAGACAUCUCAGAAUACUCUGGUCCAUGUUGUAUCUGUGCACUCUCCACCUCCA